AUGAAGGCAUUCUACCUUGAAGACUCCAUCAUCACCCAAACCAUCACCGAGCUUCUUCGCCUUGUCGGUGUCACUGCAUUCAACGAUCUCCUCAUGCGUCGCAACUUCCUUUCUUGGAAGCGUGGUCUGCAGAUCAACUACAACAUCACCAGAAUUGAGGAAUGGUGCAAGAGUCACGAUAUGCCCGAGGGUACUCUCCAGCUUGAGCACCUCAUGCAAGCCACCAAGCUUUUGCAGCUCAAGAAGGCGACACUCAACGACAUUGAGAUUAUCCAGGAUAUUUGCUGGAUGUAA